GAAAAGAAUUUGUAAAGAAAGUUAAUCUUGAGAUUUUAGCUAAAGUAGGUCGGAGUGAUUAUCGAUCGUACGGAUUAAUGAAAUGCAGGAACGAUGCAACUUCAAAGAGUAUAUAAGUAGAAAGAAUCUAAGAAAAAACUUAUUCCACUCCACUUCCCCCAUCUCCUCAACAUUAUGACCGACACAGUUUCCUUCGUUGCCAACCCGUCCUUCGGCUGGCAAGAAAUGGAUCCUAGAUUGCAAAACGCAAAUAGAAGAAGGACAUCUUCCAUUCGUAGAAAGAGAGUUCCUCAUACAGACGGUGUAGAUGCUAUGCCUAGCCUCCAACGCAGCAAUUCAAACGCAAGUACUUCUUCUAAGAAAAAUUAUGUGGAUAUAAUCUUACCUCCUACUUCGAGCGAUUUAGACGUUCAAAGAAAGCUCAACACCAAAGGUGUACGAUUGGCUUUCUCGACAGAUACAGAAACUGCCUUUUCGGAUGACGAAACUGUUGGACCGAGUACACCUCGAGUAGCUGUUCAUGGUGCAAUAGAGGAAAAAGACGAUGUAAUUUAUCUGGCAACACAUUCAACUUACACCUCAAGAACUACCGUUGAAGUAGAAGAAGAGGUUGUUCCUUUUGACAAAUUACCAAAGAUCGUUCAAGCUAAUCCAACCUUGAAGAUCUCAUGGGCAAAGAGAACGCCAACACAUGCAAUCAUUGAAACAUACAUGCCGCCAACGUGCACAACAUGUUUGAAAGAAUUGGAGGAAAAGAAGUUGAAGAGAUUGAACAGGAAGAAGGUUCCAGAUUUGGACCUCUCUACACUUCACUUGUCCCAAACAUCAAUACCAUCAUCCCCAAUCACAUCGGUCUCCAGUAGCUUAUCAAAUUCUGCAAGUCAGUCACCCGUUACGAAAACUUCUCAGCUUCCAAGUCCGGCUGGAGAGUCGUGGGGAAUCGCCAUAUGACCAAUUGACGUAUUGUAUCUUUACCGUCACCGCUAGACUACACAUUCAA